AUGAAAUUUGCACUGGCAUAUACAGUUUGUUUGUUGACUGCUUCGGCAGUAGCAGUAGUGAUCGAAAAAAGUGACAAUACCGCAUUUGUCGUUUUACAGCGUCGUGGAGAUACAGAUGAUUCUCAGAGUCCCUCAAAUAGUUCGGGACCAUCAAGUCCUAGUUCUAGUGAACCUCCAGCUACUACUGAGACGCCUGAUGAUUUAAAUGAAGAGUUGGGUCCUUCUCCAUUUCAAAGAAAGAACAACGGUUUUAUUUGUCGAGCUGGAAAAGGCAAUCGUGGUCCGUGCCGAAAUGGUCCUCCUGGUUUACGUAGAAAUGGUCCUCCUGGUUUACGUAGAAAUGGUCCUGGUUUACGCCGAGGAGGAAAUUGUGGUAUGCGUCGAGGCAAUCGUUGUGGUAUACGUCGAGGUGGUCUCUCUGGCUCAGAACAAGAAAUUCCCUCCGACUCAGAACAAGAAGUUCAUUCUGGUUCACAAGAAAUUCCCCCUGAAUCACAGGAAAUUCCCUCUACAUCACAACAGGGAGAUUCUUCUGAAUCACAACAACAAGUUCAUUCUGAAUCACAAGAAAUCCCUCCUGAAUCACAACAGGAAGAUCCUUUUGGCUUUGAAAAUACAGGCAUUUGCCCAUCAGGCAAGCUUUUACUAGGCGACCUUGAAUGCGAUGAACCUACUCAAAAACCAAAAAAAGGCAUCAAGCGUCAAUGCAAGACAUGUGGCGAUAAUUUUAAACGCCGUUGGUCUAAAAUUAAAAAAUCCAAACCAAAGAAAUCGCUUGAUUCCGAUGGAUCAGAAUUUGGUCCAGAACCCACUGCUUCCUCUGAGGAUGUAAAUGAUGAUGAUUUGGAGUAG